AUGGCCCGUCGUCCGUCACGCUGUUACCGCUUCUGCAAGAACAAGCCGUUUCCGAAGUCGCGUUUCUGCCGUGGUGUGCCUGACCCGAAGAUCCGCAACUUUGACAUUGGCAGGCGCCGUGCUACGGUGGACGAGUUCCCCGUGUGCAUCCACGUGGUUUCUCGUGAACUCGAGCAGAUCUCUUCGGAGGCGCUGGAGGCGGCCCGUAUUCAGGCCAACAAGUACAUGGUGAAGCGUGCCAACAAGGAGGUGUUCCACAUGCGCAUCCGCGCCCACCCGUUCCACGUGCUCCGUAUCAACAAGAUGCUUUCCUGCGCUGGUGCCGAUCGUCUGCAGACGGGCAUGCGCCACUCCUACGGUAAGCCUAACGGAACCUGCGCUCGUGUUCGCAUUGGCCAGAUUCUCUUGUCGAUGCGCACGAAGGAGGGUUACAUUCCACAGGCGCUGGAGGCUCUCCGCCGCGCCAAGAUGAAGUUCCCCGGCCGCCAGAUCGUUGUCAUGUCCAAGUACUGGGGCUUCACGAACAUUCUCCGCUCCCAGUACGAGGAGCUGCGCGAUGCCGGCAAGCUGCAGCAGCGUGGCAUCCACGUCAAGCUCAUCACGCCCAAGGGCAAGAUUACGCAGCACAACCUGAUGGCGUGA